AGCGACCAAAAUUUAAAGAGAACCAAAAUGAAUUGAUAGGAAAGAGAAAGCAAAAGUGAAGGAAAUUUAUGUGUUUUCAGUCGCUAGAAAAGGAGAAAGAAGAUGAACAUUGACGCUGCUUUUUUUAGCGGCUGCGACACCACCGAAUUCGUUUGAUUAUUUAAUCGCAGCGUCUUCUGUUUCUCAGCCCACCGAUGAGUCAAGAAGGAAAUCAUUAACAGUUUUUUGACGCUGACUCUAGUCGCAGCGUUGUCAAAACGAACAGGGCUUAUCCAAAAACGUGUCAGCAGCAUAUUCUUCUCCUUCUUGUUCUUCCGAGUGUUCAUCAUUAGAUCAGAUCUCUUCGGUUUUUCAAUUACAAUGGCGUCCUCCUGUGUUGCUCAUCUUUCUCUCUCAGGUGUGUCUCAAUCUCAUUAUGUCAAGGCAAAUGGGUUGUCUACCACCUCAAAGCUCAAUUCGAUUUGUAAAACCUCUGCAUUGAGUAUCCAGAAGAGAUCAAACCGGAGUCGCAAGUUUUCAGUUUCUGCAGAGUAUGGGAGUAGGAGAGGUGGUGGUGAUUUCGUAGCUGGUUUUCUUCUUGGUGGUGCUUUGUUUGGCGCUGCUGCCUACAUCUUUGCUCCACAGAUCAGAAGAUCUAUAAUGAGUGAAGAAGAUGAGUAUGGAUUCAAGAAGCCAGAACAACCAAGUUACUACGAUGAAGGUUUAGAGAAAACAAGGGAGACCUUGAACGAGAAAAUCGGACAGCUUAACUCAGCUAUUGACAAUGUCUCUUCGCGUUUAAGAGGUCGAGAGAAGAAGACUUCUUCCCCUGUCCAAACUGACCCGGAAGUUGAAGCUACUACUUGAAAAGAACACAAAACACUUUGCCUCUUCUCUGUUUUUUUUUUUCCAUUCGUAAUUGAUCUGUUGUGCUUCUUCUUCUUAUUUGCUGCUUCACUUAGAAUUCUUGCAAAGUAUAAGUAUACAGUCUUUUGGUUGGUUUAACUCAAUUCAACUCAGGAUUAGACA